UUGAAGAGACAGUUAGUUAUUAAAUAAAAAACAUGUGUAGUCUGUGAAGUGUUUUUCAAUAUAUUUGAAGAUACUCGAUUAACAUGGCUACAACUACAAAUGAAAAGUUAGCUGUAGGGCUCCCGAUGGACUUGGCGGAGACAAAUAAAGUUCGCAAUGGUUUCAAGUGCAUACCUGCUGUUCAAAAAGCGCUAUUUAUCAUCACACUAAUUAUAUUUUCUAUCGGUAUCUAUGUUUUGUUUCUGAGACUUUUAAAAGUCGACGAUAGCAUUCAUACAACUGAAAUCAUAUUUGUAUCAGAAUUAAACGGAACCCAAAAUAGCUCUUUUUCACAAGAUAACGCGGAAGUGAUAAUUUUGUUUAGAUCGAAAAAUAAAACAGCACGUAUUCUUCCGUUAGCAAGAACAAAAAGAGAAACUAUUUCCUUAAACUCUAAAACACAAGUUCAUACCAAAGAUGAAAGAAUAAAAUUUAAGGACAGUCAAGUACAAAAGGCAAGAAAAAUUAUCUCAGAACAUGAUGUUUUGUGCAACGAAGCAACACACAAGGAUGUUUGUAGAGAUCUUAUAAUGAAACUUAAAUCUCUGACCGACAAUAAUUUUUCCGAUAACAGUGAAAAUAAAGAAAAUGAAAAAAAUGAAAAUGAAAAUAAGUCAGCUAUUACAAAUAAACUGGAAGACACCACUGAUACUGACCUUUCUAAAAAAAACCCGGUUCCACUUCAGAGAGCUACAAAAAGUGUACCAUUUGAGAAAGAUGCUAGUGGCUAUGGUCCUUCUAAUCAAAUGUAUGAUACAAUUCCACAUUUAAAUUCUCACGGAUUAAACAACCUACCAUUAUCGGAUUCCUGUCUCAUGUCUCGUCUUAUAAAACCUAAUUUCCAUGGCAAGUUACUCACACAGUUUACAUUAUGUGUAAAAUAUUUUAGACUUUGA